CUUCUCCACCUGUUCCACUUUAGCUUUAACCUUAUUUUUAAGAGUUUAUAACUCCAAUUAAAAUAUAAGAAAAUUUUCUUUGAAAACCAAUUGAAAAGAAGUCUAUUACUUAUGUAAGAUAAGAAAAACUUCUAGAUCCGCCACUGCUGCUAAUCUACACUAUUACUAAUCUUUUAUGAUGGAUCCUUUUUGAGUUUUUUCUGUUUUUUUUUUUUUUCAUUUUGUUUCUUAGCAAGCUGACAUGUAUGCUUCUAGAUCAUGCCUGUAACUAGGAGUAUUAUAUGUUAUAGACUUCCGAAUUCAAAGCCCGCAACCCUCUCGUACAUGUGCUGACUAUAAUAUUCAUAGUAAGCUUACUGUGGAAUUUGACCAAUAUUGUUUAUAAUAAGAUGUUUGCAUUCCUUAACAGCUGAGAAUCCUCCAUUUUGGUAAAUCCUCUGUCCUGUAACCUCAUUAGCAAUCAUCUGCAAAACAAAUGGGGAUAUUCAGCAAGAAAGGAGCAUCAGGAUUCUCGGCCUCUUCCACAGCAGAACAAGUUACUCAAGGGAUUGAUGGAACUGGUCUUACUUCAAUUGUUACAGGUCACAAGAGCCUCAAGUGGUAUUGGCGUAGAGACGGCGCGUGUUCUUGCAUUGCGCGGUGUUCAUGUAAUAAUGGCAGUAAGGAAUAUAGAUGUUGGUACCAAUGUUAAAGAAGCAAUCCUUAAAGAAAUCCCCAGUGCUAAAAUUGAUGUCAUGGAGUUAGAUCUCAGUUCAUUGGCAUCCGUAAGAAAAUUUGCAGCAGAGUAUAAUUCCAAAGGCCUUCCCUUGAAUAUCCUUAUUAACAAUGCAGGGGUCAUGGCAGAUAAAUUCAAGCUAUCUCAAGACAACAUAGAACUCGAUUUUGCAACUAACCAUUUAGGUCAUUUUCUUCUCACAAAUCUUCUGUUAGAUAACAUGAAACACACAUCAAGAAAAAGCAGCAUAGAGGGGAGAAUUGUUAAUGUAUCAUCAAUUGCCCAUAGAUAUAUAUACCGUGAAGGAAUUCGUUUUGAUAGUAUUAAUGACGAAUCAAGAUACAACAAAUAUGUUGCUUACAUAGAAUCCAAGCUCGCCAACAUAUUGCAUGCUAAUGAGCUUACAAGGCGCCUCAAGGAAGAAAGGGUUGAGAUAACUGCUAAUUCUCUUCAUCCUGGAACAAUUCGCACCAAUAUUAUGCAUAAUGAUAUCAGUGUAAAGUGUCUUCUGAAGGUGCUCAGGAUCCUUUUUUUGAGCAAAACUAUUCAGCAGGGAGCAGCAACCACAUGCUUUUUGGCACUGAAUCCACAAGUUAAGGGAGUAAGCGGUGAAUACUAUGCGGAUUGUAACAUUGCCAAACCGAUAUCUCAGGCAAAUGAUGCAGAUUUGGCUAAGAGACUCUGGGAUUUUAGCUUGAGUUUGACCAAUCUCAAGUAGUAGUGGAGGUUUCUGGGCCAUGCUUUAGGGAGCUGAAAUUCUGCACUAUUCGUUAUGAAAAUCAGUUGUCAUAUCAAAUAUUUGUACCAUACUUGUAAUUUAUUACCAGUUGGCCGUCAAAACAAUUUGUCCUACUCAAUGACAUUGUUCCAUAUAUGAGAGCAACAUCACAAAUUCUAUUCUGUUGCUUAUUAUAAA